CUGUCGCCCCAGGCGACAGAGAGGCGAAGGGGCGGGGCGAUUACGCACUUCCGCCUCUGGGUAGGACCUGUUGCCUGAGUAACGCGGUGUGGAGUUGCUGGUUUGUAGCUGCGGUCCCAUUCCUCCUUUCCAGUUUCUGAGGCGACGCUAUGAAUCAGAGUGAGAGAUUUGUUUUUAUUGCAGAGUGGUUUGACCCAAAUGCUUCACUUUUUCGACGUUAUGAACUUUUAUUUUACCCAGGAGAUGGAUCUGUGGAAAUGCAUGAUGUAAAGAAUCAUCGUACCUUUCUAAAACGAACCAAAUAUGAUGAUCUUCACUUGGAAGAUUUAUUUAUAGGCAACAAAAUUAAUGUCUUCUCGAGACAAUUGGUGCUGAUUGACUAUGGAGAUCAGUAUACAGCUCGCCAACUGGGAAGUAGGAAAGAAAAAACAUUAGCCUUGAUAAAACCAGAUGCAGUAGCAAAAGCUGGAGAAAUAAUUGAAAUCAUAAACAAAGCUGGAUUUACUAUAACCAAACUCAAAAUGAUGAUGCUUUCAAGGAAAGAAGCCAGAGAUUUUCAUGCAGAUCAUCAGUCAAGACCCUUUUUUAAUGAGCUGAUUCAGUUUAUUACAAGUGGUCCUAUUAUUGCCAUGGAGAUUUUAAGAGAUGAUGCUAUCUGUGAAUGGAAGAGACUUCUUGGACCUGCCAACUCUGGGAUGGCCUGCACAGAGGCUCCUGGAAGCAUUCGAGCCCUUUUUGGGACAGAUGGCAUCCGAAAUGCUGCUCAUGGCCCUGAUUCUUUUGCGUGUGCUGCCAGGGAAAUGGAGUUAUUUUUUCCUUCAAGUGGAGUUUGUGGACCAACAAACACUGCUAAGUUUACGAACUGCACUUGCUGUAUUAUUAAGCCUCAUGCUGUCAGCAAAGGUCUACUGGGAAAAAUCCUCAUGGCUAUUCGAGAUGCGGGUUUUGAAAUCUCAGCUAUGCAGAUGUUCAACAUGGAUCGGGUUAAUGUUGAAGAGUUUUAUGAAGUUUAUAAAGGAGUAGUGUCUGAGUAUAAAGAGAUGGUGACAGAAAUGUAUUCUGGACCUUGUGUAGCACUGGAGAUUCAACAGACUAAUCCUACCAAGACAUUUAGAGAAUUCUGUGGGCCUGCCGAUCCUGAAAUUGCCAGGCAUUUACGCCCUGAGACACUGAGGGCAGUUUUUGGUAAAACUAAGAUCCAGAAUGCUGUUCACUGCACAGAUCUGCCAGAGGAUGGUCUGUUGGAGGUCCAGUAUUUCUUCAAGAUCUUGGACAACUAGCUGUAGAAAAAGCGAAGUCACAGACUGGGGUACUGAGACAGUGACUUGCACACAUGAGAAAUGUGUUCAUUCUUUUAUUGUCCAUUGUUUAAACCUGACUGAAUACAAGAUCAACAAGAGCACUGUACUCCUGGCAAUUAUUACAUAUGUUAGAACAUGGAUUUUGCACUGUAGACAACACUUAACACCAGUCUAUGGGGUACUGCAUUGCUUUUUAUAAAGUCCAAAAUAUUUAUUUUCAAACAAGUGACUUUGGUUUAUUUCAUACAUUACACUUUUUCUUGCAGAAAAAAUAAAAUUGUACAACUGCAUAAAUAUAAAAUUCUUCCACCAUGAAAAUGGUUUAAAAUAUUCAUAAAGACACAGCACCAGCAAUGUGAUGCCUCCAGAGAAAGGAAAAAAGAAAGGAAAAUGUACAAAGCAAAAUAAUCAGCCCUGUCGCCAGCCCAGGCGAUGGGCACUCCGGAUUGCACUGGAGGACCAGGGAGAGAUGGUAAGACAGCACUCGAUCUCAACAGCAAGCACAGCACAACCCAUUACCAUGGUUUUUCUGUAGUGUCACUUAAAAUUUAUAGGGCAGUUCCCCAUGACAGCCCACCCCCACCCCCAGGAAGAAAAAAAAAAAAAAAGACAA